GUAUCGACUACACAGCCAGCAAUAAGUAUCAGGGUGAAGAUUCGUUCGGAGGACGUUCACUGCACACGAUUCAUCCUAAUAUUAUGAAUCCAUAUCAACAGGUAAUUACGAUUCUCGGGCGAACGUUGGCGCCGUUCGCUAGCACCGGUUGUAUUCCCGUGUACGGGUUCGGUGAUGCGAAAACUGGUGACUGGAGUGUGUUUCCGCUCAAGCAGAACGGGGACUGCAGAACUCUCGAAGAAGUGCUGA